GACACCACGUCCUGUCGCGCUCUUCUUCGGCCUCGUGUAUGCGCGUUUGUGGUUCCUGAAAUGUAGUUCUGUGCCGUAGACAUUUCUUCACUGUUUUACGUUGGAGUUUUAAUAUUGUUUCGAAUUGGUGGUGAUUUUGUGUCGAUUAUAGCAAUGCAAUGAAGAUAAAACACUAUCCUGGCAAGGCGGUGAUAAACGACCCCGCCUGGUUGGAGAUGGACAUCUCCAAUCAAACCAGAGGUCGUUUGUAUGAGGCAAACUGGCUAGACACACAGAAGAACCUCUCAUCAAACUCCUCCGCCUCAAACUCGUGGGACAAGUAUAGUACUGUUUCUUCGAAACUGGGACAGUAUCAGAACAUACUGCAAGAACUGAAGAAGGACAACGAAGACCUGUACGCGGUGCCCAACAAACUGAACAAGGUCAAAAAGGAAGGUAGCGUCAGGUUAAAGUAUCACAGCGACAAAUGUUUGUCGAGGAUUAACUCGAAGACUAAAAAGGAUUUUGACGAAGAGAUGAUCAAAUAUUAUUUGCCGUCGCAGACGAAGAUACAACGUGAGAGAAGCUUCAAGCAGAUCGACGAGAACAAGCCGGUGAAGCGCGAGAGAAGCUUCAAGAAAAUCGAAGAGCCGAAACCGGUACCGAAACCGCGACAGAACAAGGAGCAAAAAUUCGCCGACGUGAUCGACGAUCUGCGCAAAGAGAUCAAGAAGUCGGUGCGCUUCAACGAGAAGAGCACCGAAAUAACCGACGGCAAAAAAUCCAACUGUGAUAACGAAGACGAAUCCACCGACGACGAGGUGACGAAGGAACGUGUCAACGAAUGGGUGGUCGACCAGAACAAAUAUCUGUCCGAUAGCAGCUAUGUCACCGAAGAGCCGCAUAAAAAUCUGGACCGCAACGACAGCGGCUACUACGAGCACACGAAAAAAGUGCGGCAGCGGCUGCCCCCUAGAAACAUCUACCCCUCGUCGGACGAUGAAUCGGAAACGUCCCGCGUGUCGAAUGAUGCGUUCAACGUGUACAAGAGCGGAGUGACGAAACAGCACGUGGUCGUCACUCAGCCCCGCAGGACGGAACAGGUGAACAGGAGGACGGACGGUGAUUUUUCGAUACCGAGGCCCAAAUUGAUUGUGCCCGUUCAUACUUACGCCGUAAGGAGGAGGAGAACGGGGAAUCUGCAGAAACAAAGUGUUUCGGAGUCAAAUUACGAUUCGGAUUUUACAGAACGAGAACAGCAACAAGGCAAGAAAGAGGGUUGUGUAGAGGUGUCCCGCGAGGACAAAUUCCUGAGUACCCUGACGCCAGGCAAGGUGCUUGGUGAGCUGGCAAUCCUCUACAAUUGUCAGAGGACUGCCACCAUCAAGGCAGCGACCGACUGCAAGUUAUGGGCCAUCGAGCGGCAAUGUUUCCAAACUAUCAUGAUGAGGACCGGCCUCAUCAGACAAGCCGAGUACACCGAUUUCCUCAAAAGUGUGCCGAUAUUCAAGAACUUGCCAGAGGACACCCUCAUAAAGAUCUCAGACGUGCUCGAGGAGACGUUCUAUGCGUACGGCGACUACAUCAUAAGACAAGGCGCAAGAGGCGACACCUUCUUCAUCAUCAGCAAGGGACGCGUGAAGGUCACGAAACGGGUUCCCGAAUCGCAGGAAGAACAGUACAUCCGUACACUCACCAAGGGCGAUUUCUUUGGCGAAAAAGCCUUGCAAGGAGACGAUUUACGUACUGCAAACAUUAUCGUUGAUGAUCCUGAGGGUGUUUCUUGCCUUGUAAUCGAUCACGAAACCUUUAACCAAUUAAUUUCGAAUCUGGACGAAAUCAGAACCAAAUACAGGGACGAGAGCAACGACAGGAAAAGAUUAAAUGAAGAGUUCGAGAAUGUGAAACUCUCCGACCUGAAGGUGCUGACAACUCUCGGCGUGGGCGGAUUCGGCAGAGUCGAACUGGUCCAAAUCGUCGGCAAACAGUCCCGUUCGUUCGCCCUGAAACAGAUGAAGAAGGCGCAAAUCGUCGAAACUCGCCAACAGCAGCACAUCAUGAGCGAGAAGGAGAUAAUGGGCGAAGCGAACUGUGACUUCAUCGUGAAAUUGUAUAAGACGUUCAGGGACGCGAAGUACCUGUACAUGCUGAUGGAGAGCUGCCUUGGCGGUGAACUGUGGACCGUGCUGAGGGACAAGGGCUAUUUCGACGAUAGCACGACUCGGUUUUAUACCGCGUGUGUUGUGGAGGCCUUCGACUAUCUGCACACCAGGAACAUCAUUUACAGGGAUCUCAAGCCGGAGAAUCUGCUGCUUGACGUCCAAGGAUAUGUAAAAUUGGUGGAUUUCGGCUUCGCUAAGAAGCUGCAAUCUGGCAGGAAGACUUGGACGUUCUGCGGCACACCGGAAUACGUCGCUCCAGAAGUUAUUCUUAACAAAGGUCAUGAUAUUAGUGCCGAUUAUUGGUCUCUGGGUGUGCUAAUGUUCGAAUUACUAACUGGCACUCCGCCAUUUACUGGUUCCGACCCAAUGAAGACCUAUAAUAUAAUCCUCAAGGGUAUUGAUGCAAUCGACUUCCCCAGGAACAUAACGCGUAACGCUAUGGCGUUGAUCAAGAAGCUUUGCAGAGACAAUCCGGCCGAACGGUUGGGCUAUCAAAAAGGAGGAAUCAGCGAAAUACAGAAACACAAGUGGUUUGAUGGAUUUAACUGGGAGGGUCUGGUGAACAGAACCCUGACGCCACCGAUCUUGCCCCAGGUGAAGCACGUGACGGACACAUCGAACUUCGACGACUAUCCGCCGGACGCGGACGGACCUCCCCAGGACGACCUAUCCGGAUGGGACGCGAAUUUCUAGCCAAUAAUUGAUCAAAAGUGUAUUAGGAGACUGUGCCUCGAUUCGUUUUGCGAAACUCUGAAAAUGGCUUUUGGAUUAUGUCGCGCCAUGUGUGCCAAAUCUCUUCCAUGUUUUGUGAUUUGCGCGAAAGUUUUUUACAUGACACUCGUUUUUAAAAUUAAUUUUUAGUACUGAUAUGUGGUCGUCCCCUCUAAUCUCAUGGGUUAAUUUGUUUUUAAAUCGCGUAUGUUUUGAGUCGUGUGCCAUUUUACUUGCAAUUAAGUUUUUAUAUGGAUUUCAGUUUUAUCGCAGUUUUGAUUAAUUGUAAUUUACUUUAAUGACUGUACAUAUACCAGAAAGUUACCCUGAAUUGCUUUUGAAAUGUGUAUAGUAAAUUAAUGAAUUAUAGGGCAAUAAAAUAUUUUUUAUAAGCUAAAAAUAUUGUGAAUAGAUAAUUGUAAUAAAUUCGAUUAUAUUGUAUAUUAUAGACAAUAAUUAAACAAUUGUUGAAAUAAUA